AUGGUACCCUCGAUCAUCACAAGCUCACCAGCAUUGGACGACACGUCCACCCAUCCACGUCGAGUCUGGACCACCCUUCUCACCAACACGGCCUACCUACCAGGUCUCUUGACCCUUGACUACUCGCUGAAGCGAUCUAACUCCCUCUACCCACUACUCGUAUUGUACACGGAUGAGCUGCCAGCCGAAGCCCACCAGGCUCUCGACUGCCGUGGGAUCCGCAAGAAGCACGUUCCGUACUUGCUACCUACCGCCGGCAAUGACUACAGCAAUGAUCCGCGGUUCUACGACUGCUGGACCAAAAUGGUUCCGUUUGGCCUGACAGAGUUCGAGCGCAUCGUUCAGCUCGAUAGCGACAUGCUUGUCCUGCGCAACAUGGACGAGCUGAUGACCCUUGAGCUUGAUUCCCCAGAGCUAGAGGGCAAAGGAAACAGGGUCUUUGCUGCAUCCCAUGCCUGUGUUUGCAAUCCGCUGAAAAGAUCACAUUAUCCCAGUGACUGGGUCCCUGAAAACUGCGCUUACACACAUCAACACGGCUCACCGGACGAGGCGCAGAAAACUGGCGCCCCGUGUACCACCGGUCUGCAGUACAUGAAUGGAGGCCUCCAAGUCGUCAAUCCCUGCAAAGCCGUGUACGACCGCAUCCUGAAUACCCUCCGGAAACCGGAAACCGCAAAUUAUGCUUUUGCGGAUCAGUCGCUGCUGUCGGACCUCUUCUGCGGCCGCUGGGUUGCGCUGCCAUAUGUGUACAAUGCGCUCAAGACGCUGCGGUGGCAGGGCGUGCACGACUGUGUCUGGAGGGAUGACCAGGUCAAGAAUAUCCAUUAUAUUCUCGCGCCCAAGCCGUGGGAAAACAAACAGCUUCAUAAUGACGCCGAUCUUGUCACGCAUAAAUGGUUCUGGGAUAUCAAUGAUGAACGGCGGAUGAAGGAGAAGGAGACUGGUAUUGAAGAUUCUUUCUAG